CAAGCACGAACUUCCUGUGUGAUCUCCGUUCAGCUGACUUCACCCUGGCUGCCUCUCUGGGAGGCUUACAGGCUGUGCAGUCCGGGGGAUAGAGAGCCUUCUGUGGGCGGUGUACAGCUCUCAGAGACGCCUGGAAUAUUCGUGCAGAAGCAUCAACAGAAGAUCAGCAGCAGCAGCCAUAAAUGUGGAUUGUUUACACCGGUCGGUCGAGCCGUUCCUGCUUCCCCGCCUCCCAGCGACUCCGAGCGGCCGACUGUGCUCAGCAGCGUAGCCGCAGAUAGCGUCAGUGGAACGGGGCUGAUGGCCCUGGUGCUCGGCCCGGCCUCCAUCACCCUCAGCGUCUGCCCGUGAGACUGCUAGAGAGCUACAAAGCCACACCGCUACAUCUAGUCGCCUCAAGUCCCGUGGGAAGAGCGGAGAAAGGAGAGGCGGAGCGGGGCUCAGCAUCGCACCGUGCAUGGUGCUGCGGUGUCGGAGGGAGUGGAUGUGCAGCCAGAGCUGACCCAGAGAUGGCUGUUCUCAAACUGGCCGACCAGCCUCCUCUCAUCCAGGCAAUCUUCAGUGGAGAUUCUGAAGAGAUCCGUAUGCUCAUAUACAAGUCUGAAGACAUCAAUGCUCUGGAUGCAGAGAAGCGCACUCCGCUGCAUGCAGCAGCCUUCCUGGGCGAUGGCGAGAUCACCGAACUCCUCAUCCUCUCGGGGGCACGUGUCAACGCCAAAGAUAACAUGUGGCUGACCCCUCUCCAUCGCGCUGUUGCAUCUCGGAGUGAGGAGGCUGUUCGAGUCUUGAUCCGCCACUCUGCUGACGUGAACGCGCGGGACAAGAACUGGCAGACGCCGCUGCAUGUCGCUGCAGCGAAUAACGCGCUGCGAUGCGCUGAGAUCAUCAUCCCACUGCUGAGCAGCGUCAACGUGUCAGAUCGUGGCGGACGCACUGCCCUCCACCACGCUGCCCUCAACGGCCACACUGAGAUGGUAAACCUUCUCCUCACUAAAGGAGCCAACAUCAAUGCCUUCGAUAAAAAGGAUGGCCGAGCUCUGCACUGGGCAGCUUUCAUGGGUCACUUGGAUGUGGUGGGCCUGCUGGUAAGCAAAGGCGCAGAGAUCAGCUGUAAAGACAAACGAGGAUACACUCCGCUUCACACGGCAGCCUCCAGUGGACAGAUUGCGGUCGUCAAACACCUGCUCAACCUGUCUGUUGAGAUAGAUGAGCCCAAUGCAUUUGGAAACACGCCUCUACACGUGGCCUGUUUCAAUGGUCAGGACGCUGUUGUCAGUGAGCUGAUUGAUUACGGGGCCAAUGUCAGCCAGCCCAACAACAAAGGCUUCACCCCGCUGCACUUUGCUGCUGCCUCCACACACGGAGCGCUCUGCCUGGAGUUCCUGGUCAACAAUGGGGCCGAUGUCAAUGUACAGAGUCGGGAUGGAAAGAGUCCUCUCCACAUGACUGCGGUUCACGGACGGUUCACUCGCUCCCAGACCCUCAUCCAGAACGGCGGAGAGAUCGACAGUGUGGACAAGGAUGGCAACACUCCCCUUCACAUUGCUGCUCGCUACGGCCACGAGCUCCUCAUCAACACGCUUAUCACCAGCGGAGCCGACUGCACCAGGCGAGGAGUCCACGGGAUGUUUCCUCUUCACCUGGCUGCCUUGAAUGCGCACUCUGACUGCUGCCGGAAGCUACUGUCGUCAGGAAGCAUUCUUUACAUGUACUCGUCAGCUACAUCAGAGCGUGUCCACAGAGAACAGGAAGUCGAGCUCACAAGCACAGAGUGUAGCCACUCAGCAAGCGCCUACAGAGCGGAGAUCCUACGUCGUGUUGCUCUGGAGCCAGAAAGUGAAGGCGUUCAGGCAGAAAGGGAGAAGGAGGCAGCACUAUGUUUGGAGUUCCUGCUUCAGAGCGGUGCUACGGCCUCACUGAAAGACAAACAGGGUUACAGCCCUGUCCACUACGCCGCAGCCUACGGACACAGGCACUGUCUAGAACUGCUGCUGGACAGAGAUGGCGGUCACCAAGACGACUCUGAAUCUCCACAUGCCAGGAGCCCGCUGCACCUCGCUGCGUACCACGGCCAUGCUCAGGCCCUGGAGGUGCUGCUGCAGGGGGAGAGAGAGGUAGACCAGGGGGACGAGAUGGGGAGGACAGCUCUGGCCCUGGCCGCUCUCCGUGGUCACUCUGACUGCGUUCACACCCUGCUCAGCCAGGGAGCAUCGCCACGCACCACUGAUAAGCAGUAUGGACGCACCCCGGUGCACCUUGCAGUGAUGAAUGGUCACACUACGUGUGUGCGCCUCCUGCUGGAUGAAUCGGAUAGUUCAGACCUCGUGGAUGUUGCUGACUCUCAGGGACAGACUCCUCUGAUGCUCGCGGUGGCCGGAGGUCACGUCGACGCCGUGUCGCUGCUGCUGGAAAGGGAAGCCAAUGUCAAUGUGGCUGAUAACCACGGCCUCACAGCGCUGCACCUCGGGCUGCUGUGUGGUCAGGAGGAGUGCAUCCAGUGUCUGCUGGAGCAGGAAGCUUCGGUUUUGCUCGGCGACUCGCGGGGUCGUACAGCCAUCCACUUGGCCGCUGCCCGAGGCCACGCUUCCUGGCUGAGUGAGCUGUUGAACAUCGCCUGCUCUGAGGCGCCAUCCUUGCCCCCACUGAGAGACCACAGCGGGUACACACCGCUGCACUGGGCCUGUUAUUAUGGUCAUGAAGGGUGUGUGGAGGUCCUGCUAGAGCAGAAAGGCUGCCGCUGUAUUGAUGGGAACCCCUUCACCCCUCUGCACUGCGCUGUAACCAAUGAUCACGAGCCAUGUGCAUCGCUGUUGCUGGAGGCGAUGGGUUCAGACAUCGCUGGCUGCUGCGACGCUAAGAGCAGGACUCCUCUUCAUGCUGCAGCAUUUGCCGGUCAUGUCGAUUGUGUCCAGUUGCUCCUUUCCCACGAUGCACCUGUGGAUGUCGCAGACCAGUCGGGUCGCACUGCGCUGAUGAUGGCGGCUCAGAGGGGCAGGGUCGGGGCUCUUGAGGUGCUGUUGACCAGCGCCAGUGCCAACCUCAGUCUGACUGACAAGGACGGCAACACCGCCCUGCACCUGGCUUGCAGUAAUGGGAAGGAAGACUGUGUGUUGCUGAUCCUCGAGAAGCUGUCUGACACUGCGCUCAUUAAUGCCACGAAUGCAGCGCUGCAAACUCCUCUGCACCUGGCGGCUCGUAGCGGUCUGAAGCAGGUGGUCCAGGAGCUGCUGUCCAGAGGAGCCAACGUUCAGACGGUGGAUGAGAACGGUCUGACGCCUGCUCUGGCUUGUGCUCCUAGUAGAGAGGUGGCUGACUGUUUGGCUCUCAUUCUGGCUACCAUGAUGCCUUUCUGCUCACCUUGCAGCUCUGGAGCUCCCUCCCCAGGGUCCUUGUUGAGGCAUAUACCCCACCAGGGGGGUAAAGGCCUAUCCACUGGCCCUCGGGCGUCACGCAGCCCCAGGAACCCCUCGGGACCAUCCAGCGAGGGAACCACAGAGAACGACUCGGAGGAUUCGGAAACUUUCUGACCCCUCUGAACCGACUCUCUAGCUUCCUACCUCGAAGAGUGCACGUGAACGUCUUACCUCUCUCCUCGUCGAGGAAUGAUGCAGUGUUUGAGUGCACAACUGAGGGAGAAGGAUAGAGACUUGGUCAUUCAUAGAGCCCAUAAAAGUUCAAUAUUAAAUAAAUAACUUGUGGACAAAAACUAAUCGUAAGAUGAGUUGGAAUAUUUUCUAUUAGAUGGUUAAAUAAUAUUCAUAUUUCUCAUGUCUUCUAUUUGUUUAGUAUUGAACCUUUGGUGCUCCACAUGCAGUGUCUAUAUCUUCUGUUCCUCAUGUUGGGAACAUGAACAUGAACUGAAUCGCUCUGCUUUGACGCCAGGCUGGAGACCCUGCAGCUUUUUUUUUUUUAGUGCUCUUUUUUUAAAAGAAAAACCAAGAUGGGAGCAGCUGCACUGCCCAGGACUGACUGACUGGAGCCCAACGAGUCGCUCUGUGAACAAGAACUCGAUCUGGACCAGUUGGGGUUUGGGUCUGCAUGCUUGUGUUAAUUUACACCACGGUUCAUUCUUUCUACUCACGGGUGCUUAAAUCCAAACAACCUCGGUACUUAGUCUCUGCACGGCACAGCAGCUCGCUGCGGAGACUCGUGUUGUCUUUUUAAAAGAAGCCAUUUUUAACUGUUUGUACAAAACGAAGGAGACUAUUAAGAAAUCAGAGUGUAAUUUUAAACUUUUUAUGAUUUAGGCUUGUUGUACCAAAUAUUUGACUUUCACGAGUAAAUAAUGAACAUGUGGUAAAAGGUCACAUAAACAGGUACAUAGAGCUUGUUUUUAACUGUUUAACAGCUGAAGCACAAAUUUGUAGGUUUUUGUUUGGUUUUGAUGAUGUUUGGAUAGAAUGUGAGUUCUGUGGCCUCUCCGAGAGACGUUCCUAGUUCAAAUGUAGACCAGAAUAGAGGAUACGAAACACUAGGUACAUCUCAAUGACCUUAACAUCGAGAAAUCCAGACGACACAGCUCUGACAAAACAUUCCUCAAGCCUGAUUUAGAGUUCUUUGGUAAAUCAUGGUAGAGCUUACCAUGUGUAACCCACAUAAGUGGCCGUCAGCAUUUAUGUGCUGGUUCAUUACAUGUUAAUUACCAAGUGGGUAUGUCCAGGCAGCUGAUGGAAACAUCCUGGGUAAACGUAUUUGUCCCUUAAGUUUUUCCACUUCUUUCCACAUUCCCUCACGGCCAUUAAUAAAUAAAUAUCCCAAGUUCGUUUCAGUUCCACAGUCACGUGUGUUUCAGCAUAAAUUUACAUGCUAAUGCAAACACUCAGGCACAAAGCUGUGUUCACAAGAGCUGAACAGUAAUAAUGAUAGUCUGUUAAUGUUAAACAAGUUAACGUUAGCCUCAAGAAGACAUGGAUACAUGCUACGUUAGCAUAAUCCUGACAAACCUUUUGCCAUGUUAGCCAUUCUAGACUUUUCAUGUUGAAGGAUGCAUUUAAAUCUGAUUUAAUUUUAUAUUAAUCAAAGCAUGGUACAUUUUAUGGUAGUAUAGUAGCUACACAGAUAAGUCAAAAACCUAGUUCAAUUAAAAAAAGGAUAGCGUUAGCAGUGCUGUUAGCCUAAAGAAAAUAGCUGCUACAUUAGCACAAAGUGUUUUUACUAUAUUAGAUCAAAACUAGCGUUAUCUAAUGUUAUUGUUCAGGACAUUUUUCAAAACAUUCAGUAUUAUCAGUAUGUGGUGUAAAGUCAAGAACUAAUGUAUCACAGGUGGAGUUGUAGAUAUUAACCAUGGGGGUUAGCAUUGCUGCUAUGCUACAACCAGCCUGGGGGUUCUUCCAAUUUAAAUUCAGACUGAAGAGAUAAAGAUGCUUGUGUCCACCACUUGAAUGAGUUCCUGUGGCCAUGAAACACAGGCUGUUCUCUUGAUUCUUUGAAGUAACAUCUGCACUUUUAAUAGAGUGAUGUGAUAAGGUAAUGGGGAUGUACCUAGUGAUGAAUAUAAGGUCUGUGGAGAUCAGAUUGAAAGAUGAGAUUAUGACUAAGAUUUAUGCAUUUUGUCCUCUGGCCUUGAAUGGCCAUCUGCACUGUUUUCACUCCAUUUGUAUCCCUACCUGUUGUGUUGUGCAUGCUUGCACACUUCCAGGCAAAGCUUUUUUUUUUUUGUACUUUAAUGUUUAAUCGUGAAUGCCCAGAUUCUCAACAAAGACCAAAUUUCUGAGGCAAUGAAAAGCUCUGUUUAGCUCUGUUGUGCUAUAUAUGAUCCAUUACACGAUGGUACAAACAAUGCCAGCACUUCAAUGUAAAUUAACACAGGGCUUUGACCGCUUUCCUCACAUUCCUCCCCACUGUUUGUCGCCCUGCCAGCUAUGUGCCAUUGUUUCAAAUGUGUCCAGUGCCUUGAUGAGUCUUUUUUUUUUCUUUUAUGACAUAUCCUGUGCUAGUAGUUGGAAAGGAUGAGUUCACUAUUAUUGCAAAAUAGGAAAAGUGUUGGUGGUACCAAGCGGUGCAGAUUUUGGCCAUGCUUUGAGAGAUUUACCUCAGACCUCUACCAGCAGCAAGGUGGAGGACGUUUUAUUGUUUGUGUAGGUUUUUCGCCUUUUGUACACACCAGACACUUUUAAAAGUGAGAAUAAAGUUCCAAACCAGCCGUCAGUCAUGAGGAGCUGCUAAAUGGAUUUGAAGGUCAAACUUGUAAAACCAGACUUGAUGUGCUGCUGAAGGUCAUAUGAUGUGACUGAAAGCACAGUUACUGAAUGGACCUAUAAAUAUAAAUCUCACUGCGGAAGAAAGAAUGAAUACUUGAUUCAUCGUUUAAGUUGGGAAAUUACUGAAACAGUGAAAACAGCGAGCCCUUUCUCCUCUCCGUGGAGGUGCAAAGCUUAAAACCUGGACAAACAAAAACUAGGCGUGGCUGAGCACCACCGGGUACCAACAGUUUUGUUGAAAUUGUGUGAACUUUUUCUUUAAUGCGUUGAGCUAAAUAUGAGUCGCUAUGUUGUAUUGAAUGACAGUGUUUGACACAGUUUUGGUUGUUUUGUUUCCUUAAACCUCUGAGGUCUAAGUCAUCAUUUGUUUUUGAGUUUUUGGAAAAAAUGUGAAUUGUUUUUCGUGUCGUCAGUUGAACUGAUUGUUUCUUUGGCCUCUGAUUGCCAAGAUUUUGGAGAACAAAGUAAUAAAAAAGAAAAAAUGAUGUUUGCUUGCCGAGGGUUAGUUAGGGGUCACCACCAGUGACAACUUAGACCUGAGAGAGUUAAAGGCUGGAGAUUUAAUCCCCCUAAUUUUAUUGUCAACAAAUCCACUGCUCCAUAAAUCCUUUUGUUCCUCAUGAAAAGUCCGAUGAUUUCCACUGAAAUGUCCGGGAACUUUCCAAAGAACUAAAAGUCUCUUUGGCUCUGGUUACCUGUGUGACUGUCAGUUUCCUUUUGUUUUUAUCUCACCAGCUGAUUCCCAUUGAUGUUGAUGACCAUUAGACAGCAACAGCAAUAAAUUAAGUAGGUUUUACAGUCAGACCUCAUACUCUCCUGCUAGAUGAUUAACUCGUAAUACUCACCCAGUUGUAUACUUUGGAAGGCUUUGAUUUCCAAAGUAUUCCGAGUGGAAAGCGGUUUAUUCUUCUGUUAUUAUUGUUACACGAGUGAGUCUUACUACAGCAAGAUCGAUUGCAACUUUGUAACAAAAGUCGAGGCCUGCGGCUCAGAGCAAGGACUUAGUUAUCAGUCAUUUGUUGACAAUAAGAAAAAAAGACAAUAUCUCCAGCCGUGUGUGUGUGUGUGUGUGUGUGUGUGUGUGUGUGUGCACUAGCUUAGGUACUGAUAUGAAAUCCACCUGCUUUUUUGUAAAUUAUGUACUGUAAAGAAAAGCUUUGUAUGAAGAAAACCUCCAUCCCAGAUGGUUUUGUUUGACUUUGGAUUUGAAACGUAAUGAGUUGUGAAUCCUGUUAGCUGCCAGAUAAGCACACAUUGUUAGCAAGCACAGUCUUUACUGCCUCCGCUGUCCCUGAGAGACAGAGCCUGUCCGCCAGUAUUCAACCAGAAAAUGAGCUUCAGCAGGCCUGACAAUCGUCGUGUGAUUUUCAUACCAGUUCCUGAUGCAGUACGGCAUGCUGAGGGCUGUUUGUCACCUCCACUUUGUUUUAUAUUAACUGUACAACAAUAAAAAUCUGUUUGGAGUUAAAAA